AUGAGCAACUCUCCUCCUUCGACCUCAAGUUCAGGGAAGGGACUGUCUAUUCCGCAAAAGCUAGCCCUCAAUGCGAUUAAUGAAAUACAAAAUCGUUCCAAUAACUAUCUGCACAGCAAAAAAGGCGGAAAGGGCCUUGAAGAAGGGCGCAAAAGAGCAGCUUUAGCUGCUGUGAUCUCGACUGUUUCCUCAGUGGGUGCUGAACGACUAUCAAAAGCAGAAUUUGAUGAGCUGCGAGAUCUAACCGAACAGGAGUCUCCGGACAAAGUGCAUUUCAUGGACAAACUAACCAACAAGUUGAUAGAUGCACUCCCUCGACGUUCCGAUGAAACAAUGGACGAAUUGAGAAACCGAUUGGAGGACCGGCAUAGAGCAGAACAGCCAGGACUGUCUAUAAAGAGGAUCAGCAGAAACUUCAAGACACUGAGCUCGAAAAUGGAUCUCGUGUUCAGUCUUCAGUAUUCCAUUAUUCAUGUCAUAUCCUGGGACCAGCCCUCAUUGACACUGACAUUUCUGAUCCUCUACACGUGGGGCUGUCUAAUGCCCUAUCUGUUUCUUGUUUACCCCGUUCUCUACGUUCUAACAGGGGUUCUGAUCCCGAACUAUCUCUACCGCCAUCCAUUAGCAAAACCAGAUAUCAUUCCUACCCGUGCGCGCGGUGAUAGCUCAAUAUUUGGGUUUUUGCGAACUGAAAAUGUCUGGGAAUUGGACAGACAGCGCAUUUUGCUCGAGAGAGGCAGAGCACUCGAACGAAUGCUAAGCCAGGAGCUAGAAUUGUCCUCAAUUAGCUCCAGAACAUCAACAGACUCAGAAGACGAGGGGAGCUCUAGUCUAUUAUACGAGGUGCUGACAGCAGACUCGAAGAGCAACCUGAUGUUAAAGGCUGUUCUCGAGGAAGACGAAGAGACCACCGAGAAAGGGCGAAAGGGUGUGGUGGAUAAAGUGAAAUUGCUAAUCAACAUGAGGGACUUGCAAAAUCUGACCUCAGACCUGAUCAAGAUGAUGACUCGCAUGCAAGAUAGCAUCUACGAAAAUUACAGUUUUAAGGACGAGAAACGAAGUACCAAGCAUUUUUUCAACCUGGUGGCAUUGAUUCUCAUAACAGUAGUCCUUGGGCCUUACAUUCCAUGGCGAGCAAUCUUUAUUAUCACCGUGUGGAUACUGAUUCUUCUGAAGCAUCCCAAACGCCAGCAUAUUCUCAAACAGCUCAAGCCAGCGACGAAGCACAAGCUCCCUCCAAAGCAGAAAACUGAAGUCAAACGCAGAGCUUCUAAGCUUGGUGAGUUGAUAGUGGACGAUGCUCCACAAUACAGGACCGUCCAAAUAUUCCAAAUCGAAAAACAGGACCUCAUCAAGCCUUCCGUUUACGAACUUUACAUGUAUUCACCAUCGAUUUUCAAUGAAUCUGAUACCCUUAGAAUACAGAAAAAAAGGCCCAAGGGGACUACCAAUCUUUCGCUGGUACAAGCUCCUAGCUCGAGCUGGAAAUUCACGGAAAAAAAAUGGACAGCAGACACCGAUCCGGGAUCCUGGUGCCUGGAGAACGGCGUCUUGGAUGACAUGGAGAUCGAUGGAGAGUGGGCGUACGACAAGUCCGGCGAGUAUCGUCGUCGCCGUCUUGUACGUGAGGUUGUCAGAUACAGCAGGCCGCCAAAAAAGCGAUAG